AUGGCCGGACCUCAGCUCUCGCUUCGAGUGGCCACCCUCCUGACGGGGCUACUGGAAUGUAUCGCCUUUUCUGGGCUGAUCUUUGGCUGGACCUCGCUGGUGUUCGUUCUCAAAAGUGAUCACUACUUUGAGGAUCUGUGUGAGCAGAUGAAUGCCACGAGGCAUUCAGAAUGCAGCACUCAGGAUUCAAAAUUAUCCCUCAUCUUUACCCUGGCUUCCUUCUCAAACAACUUCAUGACAUUCCCCUUGGGCUACAUCUUUGACCGCCUUGGAACCACAGUGGCCCGUCUCAUUGCUAUAUUUCUCUAUGCGGGGGCCACGCUUCUUGUAGCUGUCUCCUCUGCAGGCACAGCACCGAUGCUCUUUGCGGCCUUCCCAAUGCUGGCUGUUGGAGGCAUUUUGUUUCUGCUUACCAAUUUGCAGGUGGGGAACUUGUUUGACAAACAUCGAUCUACCAUAAUCACCCUCUACAAUGGGGCAUUUGACUCCUCCUCUGCCAUCUUUCUCAUCAUUAAGCUUCUCUAUGAGCGGGGCCUGACACUCCAAAUCUCCUUCUUCAUCCUCUGCGCCUUUAGCAUCUGGCAUCUCAUCCGUACUUUCUUCCUCAUGCCCAGGGGGCACAUACCCUUUCCAUUGCCACCCAACUACAGCUAUGGGGGCACCUGUUUCCUCAGCAUUGGCUGUUCAAGGAGAGCUGAGAGAUCCCAAGGAACAGAAGAUGAAGAAGUCAAGAAGGAAAAGGUGGAAUUAAGGCAGGAAGCCAAUGGCCCCUCCCUAGCUGUUCAGCAAGAGAUGGCCAAGACUGACGAGAGUGAUCCUCGCUCUUUCCGGUGCUGUGUGCUAUCUUGGAGAUUCUUUUGGCAUCUGAUCUGGUUGUCUUCGAUGCAACUGUGGCACUACCUCUUCAUUGGGACCCUCAACCCCAUGCUGAACCAUCUGGCUGAUGGAAAACAACAUCUAGUCAGCACCUAUACAAAUGCCUUUGCCAUCACUCAACUCUUUGGGGUUCUGUGUGCCCCCUGGAAUGGAUUCCUGUUGGAUCGCCUUAAGAAAAAAUACCAGCAAGAGGCAAGAAAAAAAGGUUUUCCAGAGUCUAUGGCAGACCUUCACUCUACCUUCCCAUCCUUGGUUGUAACAUCCCUGUUGUGCCUCAGCUUCUCCAUCUGUGCCUCUAUUCCCAUUCUUAAACUCCAGUAUUUCACCUUCAUCCUUCAAGUUAUCAGUCGGUCUUUCCUGUAUGGAGGGAAUGCUGCCUUCAUCACACUGGCCUUUCCUUCCCAGCACUUUGGGAAGAUCUAUGGGACAGUCAUGAUGUUAUCAGCACUGAUCUCACUACUGCAGUUUCCCAUCUUCAUCUUCAUCAAGGGGACACUCCAGGGGGACCCUACUUAUGUAAACAUCACACUGAUACUGUUCACUCUCCUGUCCUUCGUCCAGCCAUUCCUCUUGUCUAGACAGUGGCGACGCCAGGACAAACAUGUGUGA